AUGAAGCUCCCUCUGCUGGAGGAGCUUUCCCUCUUCUGCCCCCACCAAGCGACAGAGUUGCCGGGUUCUUUCUUUCAUACGAGGCAUCUCCGCACUCUUGUCCUCGACGACGCAUCGACCUUGGAGAAUCCCAAAUUUGCAAACCUCACUGCUCUUACCACCGUGUGUGUCACCUUUCCCUGGAAUCUACUGCACCUAGCCACCCUCCUUCGCCUCCCACAGCUCGCCCAUCUAACCACCUUCGCCCCAUACCAGAGCAUUCAGCCAUCGACGGGUGCUGCAAGCAUAGUGCUGCCGGCUUGCCUCAAGUCGCUCACUUUUGCAGUUUCUUGUCCUCCUUUCGGCACCAUCAUCUCCCCAUCAGCAUCGCCGUUCACCGGGCUGAAGGAGCUGCUCAUCACCAACUGCACUGAACUCACGAGCCUUCCAGACCACAUUGAAGACUUGCUGCCACGCCUUUGCAAGCUGACCAUCCGCGAGUGCCGUUCUCUUGUUGGCCUGCCUGAAAGCUUUGCUUCCCUCGGCCGCCUGGAAACGCUCAUACUCUAUGAAUGCGGUCUCCUUUCCUUACCCAGCAACUUCGGUCACCUACCUGCCCUCAAACUGCUGGUUUUGGAGUUUUUGCCUCUCUCGGCACUCCCUCCUUCCUUCAUUUGUCUCACGUCACUCGAGGCACUCUUCCUAUCUGAAUGCGACAAGCUUCUCCAGCUGCCAGUAGAUUUCUGCCAACUCACAUCUCUUAAGGCUCUCUGCAUCUCCCAAUGCGACUUUCCCUUGCCAGACGACAUAGGGGCCCUUGCAAGUCUUAAGGAUCUCAGGCUUUGUGAAUACGGACAGCAAUUUCCGGCUUCAUUCACGGAGCUGCUUUCCUUGACGAGCCUUGAGAUGAAUGGCUCCGAGGACAAAUUCCAGCUGCUGGAAGCCGCGGGGGAGAUUAGCAGCCUUCGAGAGCUGAAGAUUUAUUUUAGUUUAGUCCGCACGCUUCCCAUGUCACUCUUUCAGCUUACUGGGCUUCAAAAGUUGGAGCUCUCCUUCUUCGAGGCACUCUUGGAACUACCCUCGAGGCUGGAUAUGCUCGUGGGGCUGAAGACACUGGAGCUGACUGAUUGUGAGCAGCUGAGUGCACCUCCUGCUGGUCUGCCACCCUCUCUUGAGAUCCUCUGCUUGGGGCCGUUUAGGGAAGGCUCUUCCCAUGUGGUGGACAUCUCGCACCUGACGCAGCUGAGGGUGACAUGCGGGCCUGCAGGGAGCAGCAGGUUGUCGUGUUUGGAGCAGCUGGAGCAGCUUGAGAUGCGUUUGGAAGAUGACAGCCAGGAGCUCCCAGUUCCCCUGACUUUGAUUUGUCUCCCUCGCCUGCGCAGCUUGCUGAUAAAGGCGCCGGGAAUUCGCAGCCUCCCAGAAAACAUGGCGGCAGCAUUGCCGGAGCUACGGCAGCUGAAGCUUCUUUCUUGGUCACUGGAAGAGCUGCCAGGAAGCAUAGUGGAGCUCACCUCGCUGACGUCACUCACGAUCAAAGCACCUCAGAUGGUGGCGCUACCUGAGGGCAUGAGCCGCUUGACUCGGCUGCGCAAACUGAAGCUGAAAGGCUGUGACGCCUUGCAGCAUCUCCCGGAGUUUCUCACUCAACUGCACCAGCUGAUACUGCAUCGCUACUCCUACUCCGUUGCUCUGAGGCUGGAUACUCUCUUAGAGGCCUGGACUUCAUUGUAG